GGUGCUCAACGCAAAUUGCAAAACAUGGCGGCAAGGACGGCAGCAAUUUCGCUUGCAACGAUGACGCGUCGAUGUAUACUACUCAACAGAAGAUGCAUGCAUCAUGUGAACACAACAAAUUUUCAGAAAAGAAUAUUAUGCUCUCCUAGGUCUCUACCAGGUUUUCUGCAAAAAAGAAAUAUGUUUAUCAGGAUACAAGACACCCCAAAUCCAAACAGUCUGAAAUUUUUACCAGGAUGCAAAGUUCUUGAAUCUGGCACUGUUGAUCUACCAUCACAAACACAUGCACACAGAUCACCUUUGGCAAGGCAAUUAUUUAGAACAAAUGGUGUAAAAUCUGUUUUCUUUGGGCCAGAUUUUAUCACAAUAACAAGGACAAAUGAAGAUGUCUCUUGGGCAGUUUUAAAACCAGAUAUUUUUGCAACUAUCAUGGACUUCUUUGCAAGUAACUUGCCAGUCAUGAAUGAAGAAUUUCCUGAGGAUGAAGCAGACUCAUUUGAUGAUGAUGAUGAGAUUGUGCUAAUGAUAAAAGAAUUACUUGAUACCAGAAUAAGACCUACAGUACAAGAAGAUGGUGGUGACAUAAUUUUUAAGGGAUUUGAUCCUGACACUGGAGUUGUAAAAUUGAAAAUGCAGGGCUCCUGUUCCAAUUGUCCAAGUUCUGCAUUAACAUUAAAAAGCGGCGUCGAGAACAUGUUGCAGUUUUAUGUACCAGAAGUAGUCAAAGUCGAAGAAGUUACUGAUGAACUUGAUGAAAUAAGUCAAACAGAAUUCGAGAAACUGGAGCAAAAGCUGAAUGAAAAGGACCUGUAGAGGUUUUUUCAUUAUUAAUUGGAAACUAUGCUAGACCAGAAAUUCAGCCUGAAUUUUGAAUAUGAAGCCCAAAUGGUGACAAGUGCCUUUUGAUAGAAUUGAUCUAAAUUUACGUAGGAAUCUGUAGCAUAUCUUAUAAAUUGUAGUUUAUAUCUCUUAUCCACAUCGUAUUUAGUCUGCCUA